AUUUAUACCAGGUCGCCAUAUUGAAUAGAUCUACUAAUAUUCGAACGGAUCGAACUGCUGGAUUAGUGAACAAAAACAACAUGGAUGGAGCAGGCCGUAAGAAGUUAAAUGAAAUACAAGAUGACAGCACAUUGAGUACAACGUUUCUCAUGGGACACGUCAUAAAGCUUGAAGAGACCAGACAGCACACUUCCAAUCAGGGAAAAAACACCCAGAGAGCCACUGGAUACCUUGCCGACGAAACAGGCUACAAAGAAAUUGUGUUUAUUGGAGAAAAGGCUAUAAAUGCAGCAAAAGUAGCCAACAGGAAGCAAAACACAAUCUGUUUAAAGAUUCAAGACUAUGGUUACUCUAAAUCCACAAUCUAUGCAUCCAGUCUAACAAACCUGCAGUUCAUGAAGCAAAUCCUCACCAUCUCGCCUGAAAUGAGACAACAAAUUCUGUCACGAAAUCUACCAGGAAACAUCGAUUCAGUCAUCAAAAUUCACUCUUCCCCAGUCAAAUCUAGAGUGGACAUUAAGGGAAAAAUUGUUAAGGUUCAUUCAAAGUCGCAAAGAACUAUCAGAUCAAGUCAGAAAACUCUAGACUUCAGAGAGAUUGUGAUCAAAGACAAAAGUUCCCAAAAGGUCAAAGUAUCGUUAUGGGCUGAAAGAGCAAACCUACCAUUUAAAACAAAUGACACUCUGUCAUUAACAAAAGCUACAGUAGCAGAGUACAACUCCACAAAAUAUAUAAAUACCAAUAAUGAAACUGACAUCAAGUUUCUCCCUGAUGAUGAGGAAUUGAGCGAUGCCGAAUCAACAGAUGAACCAUUAGAAACACCAAAACUUCCCCAAGGAACAAUUACUUCAGUCUCCUCGGUGAAUAUCUACAGUGGUUGCAUCCAGCCAAAAUGCUACAAUAAGAAACUCAUCAAUGGUAAAUGCCCAAAAUGUAAUGAAAGUAAUGAGGCCAACGCUGUUGAUUUGUACAUGAACAUAUCAAAUGUGCAGAAAAAAGUAUUUACGCAAGUGAUGUUCAGCCUUCUACUCUCUCAGGAUAUGCAACCAUCUACUAUGACCUCAGAUGCUCUUGAGGAUGCGAUACUUGAUCUGAUUGGACAAAAAGUGUCAUACGAUGUACACCCAAAUGGUUUCUUCAGCAAAAUUUCACUCCUUACAUAACUUGUGACUAUGAUUCAUAAACGCAAUCACAACAAUCAAAAAAAUAUGCUAAAACUUGCUAUAAUUUCAUUAUUAUUGCUGCCGUUUUGCUUCCUGAUAACUAGUAGUUACUACAGCUUCACAGGUAAUCCUGUGACUCAGUUAUGAUUUAAAAUAAGUAAUUUCACCUGCUAUUUGUAAGGUUAAAUUGAUUACAGUAUUUAGAAAAAAAAAAAAAAAUUUAUGUCAAGAAAAUACAUUUCUCUAUGAAGGGAUUUGUUGUGUAACAGACAAUAAAGCUGUGUCCUCUUCUUAAUUUGGAGUAUGAGACCAGUGUUAUUAUUUACAAAAGUAGCAUAACAAAAAAUCCUCGCAAUACAAAUUACCACAAGAUUGUGAGGGAAUGCACAAAAUCCUACAAAGCAAGUUCUCUAUUAUACAUGUUUCUCAAUAUACUGUAUUGCAGUUGAUUUCUAAAUAGUUUAUCGCCACAAAUAAUGUAUCCUAGUAACGUAGUAUUUACCUUUUCUAAAAGAAGAUUCUCUCAAAACCACUUAUAUUCUCCUCAAUUGCAGUUGCAUUUACAUUAUCAGAGGAACUAAUGUAAAUAGAACACCUAAGUAGGACACUUACAUAUAUUGUGCUGUACUGUCCAUAGAUUAGUCAAAGGUGUAAUUAUACUAGUCGAGGUAAUCAAGUCUAUAAAUCUCAUUCUUUACAUAAUCAUAGAAAAUGUCACAAAGUAUUACAAAUUACAGUAUUUACAAUCAUAAACUUCAUAACUUCAUUUAUUUUUAUAUGCUUCAACAAUAUUUCAUUUUGUAGUUUUUAUAUAUUGUAGUUAGUACAUAUGUUAUAUAAUAUUAUACUCACAGAUUUCAUAAAUUCAUUUAUUUUUAUAAGCAUGAACAAUAUUAUUUUUGUAAUUUCUCAAAUUACCGCAAGAUUGUGAGGGAAUGCACAAAAUCCUACAAAGCAAGUUCUCUAUUAUACAUGUUUCUCAAUAUACUGUAUUGCAGUUGAUUUCUAAAUAGUUUAUCGCCACAAAUAAUGUAUCCUAGUAACAUAGUAUUUACCUUUUCUAAAAGA